GAUAAAUCCAAAAAAUAAACUCAACCUAUAGGAAAAGUAAAGAAAACAAAGAGAGAACUAAGAAACAAAUAAAGAGGAUAACAAGAAGAAUAACGGUAGCCACUGCAAAAGGAGAGCAAAGAUCCAUGGCGGUUUCAAUUUCAGCAGCCACUCCCUUCCAUCUCCACCCUUCUUCUUCGUCUCACACUCCCUUAUUCAACCCUACUAACCAGUUCGUCCGCCUCCGAUCGCCUUCCCGCCCCUCACUAUUAAUAGCUCAUGCUCAAUCGGAGCACCGUCAAACAUGGCUUCCCGGCCUCGACCCCCCACCGUAUCUCGACGGAACCCUUGUCGGCGAUUUUGGAUUCGACCCACUUGGUCUCGGCGAGGACCCAGAUAGCUUGAAGUGGUACGUUCAAGCAGAGCUUGUUCAUUGCCGCUUCGCCAUGCUCGGCGUCGCUGGAGUUCUUCUCACUGAUUUGCUUCGCGUUACAGGGAUCAGUGAAUUGCCAGUUUGGUAUAAUGCCGGUGCCGUUGAAUAUGGUUUUGCCAACAAACGAACUCUUUUCAUUGUUCAGCUGCUUUUGAUGGGGUUUGUGGAAACUAAAAGGUAUAUGGAUUUCAAAAGCCCUGGAUCUCAAGCACAAGAAGGAACUUUCUUUGGAUUAGAAGCUGCUUUUGAAGGUCUCGAGCCCGGGUAUAACCUGUCAAUUCUAUACAAAGGCACCGUCUUACUAUUCUGUCUCACAUUCUAUCAAAACUCAUACUUUGAAGAUACCCUGGGGGUCCUCUGUUGAAUCCUCUUGGCAUUGCUAAAGAUGUCAAGAAUGCUCAUGACUGGAAACUCAAGGAGAUUAAGAAUGGUUAAAUUUUCCACUCACAUCCUCAUCAAAUUUUUCGUCUAUCGUUUUCCCGGAUUAAUCUUUGUUCGUUCAAAUUACAGGACGGCUUGCGAUGGUAGCCAUGCUUGGGAUCUUCGUGCAAGCUUAUGUUACUCAUACAGGGCCAAUAGAUAACCUUGUGGAGCACCUUUCUAAUCCAUGGCACAAGACUAUUAUCCAGACACUUUCAAGCUCAAGUCCUUAAAGAACAAGAUGUUGAAACUUGAUAGUUUCUCUACUCAAUGAGCAAAAUAUAACAUGACAUUGGAGAUUUAUCAGCUAAAAAAGAGUACAGAUGAAAGAACAAAUGACCUUGUAAUUUGAUUUGAUCAAUACAACAGAUCGGAAAUUCGUUUUGAUUUUUA